UGGUCGAGAACGAGGCGAGCAGAAGUCUGGGUGAAGACGAGGUUGAGUAGACUCGUUUUGAAUUUCCAAUCCUUGUCCCCCAUACCCUCAACGCUGUAGCUACACAGUCAGACUAGACAGGGCUAUGUAAAGAGGGAGACUAUCCUAAAUCAGGAGAAUUGUUUGACUCAACUGGAUAUUGUCCGUCUUUACUAGCUAGGCUAGCCAACAAGCUAACGUUGGUUAGCUUUGCUACACAGACAUUUUAAUCCAACAUGGCGCUUUAAAGAAUGCUUUUUGACCAAGACCAGGGAUGAUGCUUUGUUUGGGUGGUUAGGAAGCUCUGCUCCUGCAAUCAAGCAAAAACAAUCACAAACUACUCUUAUAGAAAUACCCCCAGAGUCGAGCAUUGAAUAAACCGUCUUCCUGCACCAUCUGUCUUUGUUAUUUUUAACUAGCUAGCGAUCUAGAUCCAGUGACCAUUCUGAAAAUGGCAAUGAAUGGAUUUGCAAUUACAAUACUGAUUGAUGAUGAUGAUGACACUUGCACCCAUUAAAUACCUGUACCAGGUCACUCUAAUAAUGUUACAUUGGUUUGUUUAUGUAGCUAGUUAGCUGACUGUCUGCUCGGGAGAUGGAGGAGCAGGAGAGAGCUAUGGAAGAUGAUGCUUUGGACUCAAAGCCUCCACUGACCACUGAAGAGGAUGAGCCCAAACACACAGACCUCCAUGGGUCUCAUAUCACUGAAACACAACAGGUGGGACUUGACCCUAGGAGUUGGUGGGACUUGACCCUAGGAGUUGGUGGGACUUGACCCUAGGAGUUGGUGGGACUUGACCCUGGGAGUUGGUGGGACUUGACCCUGGGAGUUGGUGGGACUUGACCCUAGGAGUUGGUGGGACUUGACCCUAGGAGUUGGUGGGACUUGACCCUAGGAGUUGGUGGGACUUGACCCUAGGAGUUGGUGGGACUUAAACCUAUGAGUUGGUACGACUCAAACCUAUAAGUUGCAAAAUGAUUUGUGAUAAGAAAAAGUAAUACAAUGCAGAUAUCAGGAGACCAAAUCAAUGGAUAUUAGCAUAGUCACAUGCAUGUAAAGUAUUGUAUUGUGUUCCAGGAGCCCAGUGAACCUGCACCUGAAGACAAUGAGACAAAGCGACAGUCCUCAGAGCUGCUUGUUAUCAACAGCCUAGCACCUCCAGACAGCUGGGAAACAGUCCACACUGAUACCAGACCUGAGGAACUGACAAAGACAGAAACGCUCAUACUGUCACAGACAGAGAAUCAGGCAGCGAUGCAGACACAGGACCAGACACAGACAUUAUCACAGACAGAGAAUCAGGCAGCGAUGCAGACACAGGACGAGACACAGACAUUAUCACAGACAGAGAAUCAGGCAGCGAUGCAGACACAGGACGAGACACAGACAUUAUCACAGACAGAGAAUCAGGCAGCGAUGCAGACACAGGACGAGACACAGACAUUAUCACAGAGAGAGAAUCAGGCAGCGAUGCAGACACAGGACCAGACACAGACAUUAUCACAGACAGAGAAUCAGGCAGCGAUGCAGACACAGGACCAGACACAGACAUUAUCACAGACAGAGAAUCAGGCAGCGAUGCAGACACAGGACGAGACACAGACAUUAUCACAGACAGAUGAGUUCAUCAUACUCGAUCAGAACGGACAGCCCCUGCAGUGUGAACGCAUGGUGAGUAGAGAGGGUUUCACAAGAGCACAGAAACAGGUCCAGGCAGCUGCCAAAAGGUAUCCUGGUGAUCCCAGAUCUGUUUGUGCUGACUAGCCAACAUGUUAUAGCCUAGUUGGCUGGUCAGCACAAACAGAUCUGGCAGCACCAGGCAAGACUAGUCAUUUCGUUUUUUUUUUGUUCCAUGGUUCUCAUACACAGUCUAUGAACUGUUAUGUUUACGGUCUUUGUGUACCCUGAACAUCUUUGCUCAACCUAGGUGCUAGUGAGCGGUCAGUCGGACAACGGAGAGAUGUAUGUUAUCCCCUCUACUCAGCUAGGAGGGGCUCAAGUGUUACUGCCCAGAGGACAACUGCUGGACAUCAUAGACCCUACAGGUAUUGUUAACCUGGGACUCACCUGCUUCUACAGAGACCAUCACCCUAUUCCCUAUAUAGCGCACUGUGUUUGACCAGAGCUGGCCUACAAAUGACUUCAGUUCAGACUGACGUAUGGAGCGAUCGACAGAGCAGCGGAAUUCAAUUCAGGAUGAGUCAUCAGGCAAACAGAAUUCUGCAUUUCUGACGUUCCCUCAGGAAAUAUAUUAGUUAUUCUAUUUCUUGUUAGACAGUGUCAAGGAAUUUGAACAGAAAUUGAUUAAAUUCCUUGUACAGUGUUGGUGUCACAUCAUUGAAUAGAACACUAUCUCUACCACAGGAGGCUGCUGAGGGGAGGACGGCUCAUAAUGAUGGCCGGAACGGAGCAAAUGGAACGGCAUCAAACACCCGGAGAACAUCUGUUUGAUGUACUUGAUACCGUUCCACUGAUUCCGCUCCAGUCAUUACCACGAGCCCGUCCUCCCCAAUUAAGGUGCCACCAACCUCCUGUGAUCUCUAUAGUUGGUGUAUUAAGUUGAGAUUGUCUGGUCUGUUUAGGCUCCUGUGGGGAGAAUACUGCUGAUGAGGAAGAGCUUCACACCAUCACGUUAACGGCGGUUACUGAUGACAGCAGCAGUUUGACCACAGUAACAUCGGCUGCAGCUAAGACCUCGGCACAGAGGUGGGCUCACUUCUUCUUAGUGUUACUCUCAGUAACUGUUUAAGGAAAUUAGGUUAGUUUGACAAUAGUUGUAACUGUUACUGUAUUGUUGUGUUGUGUGUAGCUCUCAGGACUGUUUCACCUCUCCUCUGAAACCUCUCCCAUCCAACGCCCCCAACUGGGCCCAGAGGCUUCAUAACGCUGAGGUACGUAUACCAACUGGGCCCAGAGGCUUCAUAACGCUGAGGUACGUAUACCAACUGGGCCCUGAGGCUUCAUAAUGCUGAGGUACGGGGGAGGGGGGGGUCAAUGCAUAUAGUCCGGGUAGCCUUUUGAUUAGCUGUUCAGGAGUCUUAUGGCUUGGGGGUAGAAGCUGUUACGAAGCCUUUUGGACCUAGACUUGGCGCUCCGGUACCGCUUGCCGUGUGUUAGCAGAGAGAACAGUCUAUGACUAGGGUGGCUGGAGUCUUUGACAAUUUUUAGGGCCUUCCUCUGACACCGCCUGGUAUAGAGGUCCUGGAUGGCAGGAAGCUUGGCCCCAGUGAUGUACUGGGCCGUACGCACUACCCUCUGUAGUGCCUUGCGGUCGGAGGCCGAGCAGUUGCCAUACCAGGCGGUGAUGCAACCAGUCAGGAUGCUCUCGAUGGUGCAGCUGUAGAACCUUUUUGAGGAUCUGAGAACCCAUGCCAAAUCUUUUCAGUCUCCUGAGGGGGAAUAGGCGUUGUCGUGCCCUCUUCACGACUGUCUUGGUGUGUUUGGAACAUGACAGUUUGUUGGUGAUGUGGACACCAAGGAACUUGAAGCUCUCAACCUGCUCCACUACAGCCCCGUUGAUGAGAAUGGGGGCGUGCUCGGCCCUCCUUUUCCUGUAGUCCACAUUCAUCUCCUUUGUCUUGAUCACGUUGAGGGAGAGGUUGUUAUCCUGGCACCACACGGCCAGGUCUCUGACCUCCUCCCUAUAGGCUGUCUCAUCGGUGAUCAGGCCUACCACUGUUGUGUCGUCAGCAAACCUAAUGAUGGUGUUGGAGUCGUGCUUGGCCACGCAGUCGUGGGUGAACAGGGAGUACAGGAGGGGGCUGAGCAUGCACCCUUGUGGGGCCCCCGUGUUGAGGAUAAACGUGGCAGAUGUGUUGUUACCUACCCUUACCACCUGGGGGCGGCCCGUCAGGAAGUCCAGGAUCCAGUUGCAGAGGGAGGUGUUUAGUCCCAGGGUCCUUAGUGAUGAGCUUUGAGGGCACUAUGGUGUUGAACGCAGAGCUGUAGUCAAUGAACAGCAUUCUCACGUAGGUGUUCCUCUUGUCCAGGUGGGAAAGGGCAGUGUGGAGUGCAACAUCCCUAACACAUGUUCACACCCUAACACAUGGCUUUGUAGCCUGAGGAUGCUAACAAGAAAGGAUUGUGAUCGUUAGCAUCCUCAGGCUUAUGGCUUUGCACAUUUAUGGAAAGGAAUGGCCUCAACAGUCAUCCUUUGACUCUUGGAAAGAAAGAAAGAGGAGAGAGAGAAGAAAAAAGACAGAGAGAGAGAGAGCAAAAAAGAAAGAGAGAGAGAGAAAAAAAAGAAGAGAGAGAGAGAAGAAAAAAGAAAGAGAGAGAGAGAAGAAAAAGAAAGAGGAGAGAGAAGAAAAAAGAAAGAGAGAGAGAGAAGAAAAAGAAAGAGAGAGAGAAGAAAAAGAAAGAAAGAGAGAAAGAAAAAAGAAAGAAGGAGAGAGAAAAAAAAAAAGAAAGGAAGACAGAGAGAGAGAAGAAGAAAGAAAGAGAGAGAGAGAGAGAAGAACAAAGAAGGAGAGAGGAGAGAGGGAGAGAAAAAAAAGAGAGAGAGAGAAGAAAGAAAGAGAGAGAGAGAGAGAGAGAGAGAGAGAAGAAAAAAAACAAAGAGAGAGAGAAAAAGAGAGAAGAAGAAAACGAACAAAGAGAAGAGAGACAAAAACUCAAUAGAAGACCCCACAAAAAGACCUACAUAAACGGAGAUACGAGUCCAAACCUACUCUAUCUCUUAUCUCUCUCUCUCUCUCUCCUCUCUCUCUCUCUCUCUCUCUCUCUCUCUCUCUCUCUCUCUACCUCUUCUCUCCUCCUCUCUCCUUCUCUCUCUCUCUCUCUCUCCCGGAGCAGAAGAUCGGGGACUCGUACCGUGGCUACUGUAACACAGACACGGAGCUUGAGGCCAUCCUCCUGCUCCACAAGCAGCAGACCAACAGUGUGUUUGGGACGCGCCAGUCCCCCUCCCCUGCCAAGCCUGCCAGCCGUCUGAUGUGGAAGUCACAAUACGUACCCUACGAUGGCAUCCCUUUUGUCAAUGCAGGUAUACAGUCACAGUACUGGUUAGUACCCUACGAUGGCGUCCCUUUUGUCAAGGCAGGUAUACAAUCACAGUAACAGUUGUUAAGAGACAUGAUAACACUUUAGACACAUUGUAAAGGCUCACAGGGCGUCUUGACAUUUUGCUGGUUAUUGUCAUGCAAAAGCCUGCCGGUCUCACGGUAAUUGACCGUUAAUUAACAUAAACAUGUUUAGCAUCACCAGGCCUCAACGCAUACAAGCUGCAUACAAGAUGCAUACAAGCUGCAUACAAGCUGCGUACAAGCUGCGUACAAGCUGCAUUCAAGCUGCAUACAAGAUGCAUACAAGCUGCGUACAAGCUGCAUACAAGCUGCAUUCAAGCUGCAUUCAAGCUGCAUUCAAGCUGCAUACAAGCUGCAUACAAGCUGCAUACAAGCUGCAUACAAGCCGCUGCCUUUGGAACAUCUACAUUAAAAAUAUAUAAUAUAUCAAUUUAAUAUACAUCAUAACAACAAAUCCAAUAUUUAUUUUAGUCAGGUCUAAAGAGACAUUAUGAUAUGAAGAUGUAUUUCAGAAGAACAGAAUAUGAGUUGGCCUACUGUAUGUUAUCUGGCUGUGCUCCAUGCCAUAGGCGGUAGGCUUGUUCAUUUAGCAGACAAGAUAUGCUUGUAAGUCCCAAGCCACUAUUUUAUAUUAUAUGAUUUUAUAGUAAGAACAAUAUAAUUCAACUUAUCUGAAUAAAAUAGAAACCAUAUUUUUCCUAUUCUGGUGCGAGAAUGCGCGCAUAUGAAGUGGCUAUAUUGAGCGUAAAAGUGAUCAUUUAAAACAGGUCCUACAUGCUAGAUUUAGAGUUAUUUGGCAACUUUAGUUGCUACAAACCUUAGAAUGUGCUAGAAAUCAAAAGAUAUUUGGGCUGUAUGAUGCGACGACAGGCUAUUGAUGAUUUGAGAAAGGCGGGGGGAAAAAGCUUGUGCUCUGUUCCUUGCCUCAGGCUGCACAGCUUGUUCUCUCAUCAAGUGAUCAUAUUUUCACCCAUCAGACUAUUGUCAAUUUAAUCUUGUCUUUACUAAUAUGUAAAAUUAGUUUAGAUUUAGAAUGGCCCAUUAUCCAAUGGGCAGGAACAGGGGCAGGGGAAAACAGACAUGUCAUCCAUAUGUACUGGAGAAGCGAAUGGAGGCCACUUUCCCGCCGGUAUGUUUUUGACUCAUGUUGGGUAGGCUACUCUGGUCAGUUCGCUGUGCCACAGGUGAUAUUCCGCCCAAAGCUCUGUAUGCCAUGGGCUCUCCAACCCUGUUCCUCCAGCUACCCAGUACUCUGUAUGCCAUGGGCUCUCCAACCCUGUUCCUGCAGCUACCCAGUACUCUGUAUGCCAUGGGCUCUCCAACCCUGUUCCUCCAGCUACCCAGUACUCUGUAUACCAUGGGCUCUCCAACCCUGUUCCUCCAGCUACCCAGUACUCUGUAUGCCAUGGGCUCUCCAACCCUGUUCCUCCAGCUACCCAGUACUCUGUAUGCCAUGGGCUCUCCAACCCUGUACCUCCAGCUACCCAGUACUCUGUAUGCCAUGGGCUCUCCAACCCUGUUCCUCCAGCUACCCAGUACUCUGUAUGCCAUGGGCUCUCCAACCCUGUUCCUCCAGCUACCCAGUACUCUGUAUGCCAUGGGCUCUCCAACCCUGUUCCUGCAGCUACCCAGUACUCUGUAUGCCAUGGGCUCUCCAACCCUGUUCCUCCAGCUACCCAGUACUCUGUAUACCAUGGGCUCUCCAACCCUGUUCCUCCAGCUACCCAGUACUCUGUAUGCCAUGGGCUCUCCAACCCUGUUCCUCCAGCUACCCAGUACUCUGUAUGCCAUGGGCUCUCCAACCCUGUUCCUGUAUCUACCCAGUACUCUGUAUGCCAUGGGCUCUCCAACCCUGUUCCUCCAGCUACCCAGUACUCUGUAUGCCAUGGGCUCUCCAACCCUGUUCCUGCAGCUACCCAGUACUCUUUAUGCUAUGGGCUCUCCAACCCUGUUCCUCCAGCUACCCAGUACUCUGUAUGCCAUGGGCUCUCCAACCCUGUUCCUGUAGCUACCCAGUACUCUGUAUGCCAUGGGCUCUCCAACCCUGUUCCCCCAGCUACCCAGUACUCUGUAUGCCAUGGGCUCUCCAACCCUGUUCCUCCAGCUACCCAGUACUCUGUAUGCCAUGGGCUCUCCAACCCUGUUCCUCCAGCUACCCAGUACUCUGUAUGCCAUGGGCUCUCCAACCCUGUUCCUCCAGCUACCCAGUACUCUGUAUGCCAUCUCUGUAUGCCAUGGGCUCUCCAACCCUGUUCCUCCAGCUACCCAGUACUCUGUAUGCCAUGGGCUCUCCAACCCUGUUCCUCCAGCUACCCAGUACUCUGUACGCCAUGGGCUCUCCAACCCUGUUCCUCCAGCUACCCAGUACUCUGUACGCCAUGGGCUCUCCAACCCUGUCCCUCCAGCUACCCAGUACUCUGUAUGCCAUGGGCUCUCCAACCCUGUUCCUCCAGCUACCCAGUACUCUGUAUGCCAUGGGCUCUCCAACCCUGUUCCUCCAGCUACCCAGUACUCUGUAUGCCAUGGGCUCUCCAACCCUGUUCCUCCAGCUACCCAGUACUCUGUAUGCCAUGGGCUCUCCAACCCUGUUCCUGUAUCUACCCAGUACUCUGUAUGCCAUGGGCUCUCCAACCCUGUUCCUCCAGCUACCCAGUACUCUGUAUGCCAUGGGCUCUCCAACCCUGUUCCUCCAGCUACCCAGUACUCUGUAUGCCAUGGGCUCUCCAACCCUGUUCCUGCAGCUACCCAGUACUCUGUAUGCUAUGGGCUCUCCAACCCUGUUCCUCCAGCUACCCAGUACUCUGUAUGCCAUGGGCUCUCCAACCCUGUUCCUGUAGCUACCCAGUACUCUGUAUGCCAUGGGCUCUCCAACCCUGUUCCUGUAUCUACCCAGUACUCUGUAUGCCAUGGGCUCUCCAACCCUGUUCCUCCAGCUACCCAUUACUCUGUAUGCCAUGGGCUCUCCAACCCUGUUCCUCCAGCUACCCAGUACUCUGUACGCCAUGGGCUCUCCAACCCUGUUCCUCCAGCUACCCAGUACUCUGUACGCCAUGGGCUCUCCAACCCUGUCCCUCCAGCUACCCAGUACUCUGUAUGCCAUGGGCUCUCCAACCCUGUUCCUCUAGCUACCCAGUACUCUGUACGCCAUGGGCUCUCCAACCCUGUUCCUCCAGCUACCCAGUACUUAAUUUGGGAAACCAAGUGAAAUCUGUUUGUGAACAUCGAUAGCAACAUGUUUUCACAACGAAACAUAUUUCAUUAAACUGUUGACAGCCCCUCUCUCUCUGCGCGCUGGAGAAAGGAAUGAAGGAGAGAAGGGAGGAGAUGGAAUCUCACGGUGGUGAGAUAUUCUGACGCUAAAGGUCAUGUGUCAGUCUACUAAUGAUGGUGAGUUGUGUAGGCUACUACAAAGGCAAUGUACAGAGGGCAUCAGAGGAGAUUACCGUGACUCAACGGUCAUCCAGAUGUUUACUGCGGUCAUGACUCAUGACUGCCCCCGUGUGGCCUCAACAGUCCAACUCAUACAUGCUUAUAACAUUAUACCUGCAGGCUUUAAGGAAAGUGUUACCAAAGUAUUCUACUCCAAUGUAAUAACUGUGUCCAUAUGAAUGAAAGGUAUGGUUUCCUAGGUCAUAUUCUGCGUUAUUUACAUUUACAUUUGACUCAUUUUAGCAGACGCCCUUCUCCAGAGCGACUUACAGUCAGUGAGUGCAUACGUUUAUAAUACCGUGUACUAGCACUGUGGACCCUGGUCAAAAGAUGUGCACUAAAUAGGGAAUGGGGUGCCGUACUAGCACUGUGGACCCUGGUCAAAAGAUGUGCACUAAAUAGGGAAUGGGGUGCCGUACUAGCACUGUGGACCCUGGUCAAAAGAUGUGCACUAAAUAGGGAAUGGGGUGCCGUACUAGCACUGUGGACCCUGGUCAAAAGAUGUGCACUAAAUAGGGAAUGGGGGUGCCGUACUAGCACUGUGGACCCUGGUCAAAAGAUGUGCACUAAAUAGGGAAUGGGGUGCCGUACUAGCACUGUGGACCCUGGUCAAAAGAUGUGCACUAAAUAGGGAAUGGGGUGCCGUACUAGCACUGUGGACCCUGGUCAAAAGAUGUGCACUAAAUAGGGAAUGGGGUGCCGUACUAGCACUGUGGACCCUGGUCAAAAGAUGUGCACUAAAUAGGGAAUGGGGUGCCGUACUAGCACUGUGGACCCUGGUCAAAAGAUGUGCACUAAAUAGGGAAUGGGGUGCCGUACUAGCACUGUGGACCCUGGUCAAAAGAUGUGCACUAAAUAGGGAAUGGGGUGCCGUACUAGCACUGUGGACCCUGGUCAAAAGAUGUGCACUAAAUAGGGAAUGGGGUGCCGUACUAGCACUGUGGACCCUGGUCAAAAGAUGUGCACUAAAUAGGGAAUGGGGUGCCGUACUAGCACUGUGGACCCUGGUCAAAAGAUGUGCACUAAAUAGGGAAUGGGUUGCUGUACUAGCACUGUGGACCCUGGUCAAAAGAUGUGCACUAAAUAGGGAAUGGGGUGCCGUACUAGCACUGUGGACCCUGGUCAAAAGAUGUGCACUAAAUAGGGAAUGGGUUGCUGUUUGGGACGCGACCCACGUCUCCUUUCUCCAUCUGUCUCCAGGCAGUAGAGCUGUAGUGAUGGAGUGUCAGUAUGGCCCAAGGAGGAAAGGCCUCCAGCCCAAGAAGACUGCAGAGCAGACCAUCAGUCAGAACGUUGAUUACAAAGCCACAUGUCCUGCCAGGUACACAAUCACACACACACACACUCAAACCCCAUCCACAUCUACGCUGACAAACAAAAUGCUACCAACUCUGUGGACAUGCCAUAAGAGCUGUGUGUAAAGGUAGUAUUUCUGACAUUGCUCUCAUUCUUUCAGGAUCUAUAUCAAGAAGGUGUGUAAGUUUCCGCAGUACCGGGUGCCGACGGACCCGAACGUAGACAAGAGGGUUGUUCGGCAAGAGCAGGAGAAGGCCUUUUUCAACCUCCGGAAGACCCUGUGGGACGUGGGCGGAGUCCUGAGGUAUUGAUUGAUUGAUUGAUUGAUUCUGCUAUUUGUACGUGAUUUGAUAUAUUUAUAUAUUAUUAAAGCGUCUUGCAGAUGCCCAGCCCAUAUGGGCUAAUAAGACUCUGAAUGUUUAAAUAAGUAAACCUUCUAGUUGACUGAUAUGUGUAGCUACAUCUGUUCCUUUGUUCUUUCUCUGGUUUACCAGGUACUACAUGCAGCUUCCCACCCAGAAAGCUCACCUCUACCAUGACAUGGAGGCUCUCCUCCCACCUCCUCCUCCAGACCUCCUCUUCCUCCCCAUGGAGGAGGAGGUGGAGGAGGAGGAGGAGGAGGAGAGGGGAUGUGUCUGUGAUGGAGGUGUGGAGGAUGGUGGAACCAUGCCAUCUCGCCUCCACCCCAGGGUGGCAGAGAAAAUCAGGGAGUUGGUGGAUCAGGGAUAUCAUCAGGUGUACCAGGUCCGCAAACAGCUCAGGUAAGGAGGACCUCAGGGGGCCGUAUGUAUCAAACAGCUCAGAGUAGGAGCUGAUUUAGGAUUAGUUUUGCAUUUUAGGCUGCGUUUACACAGGCAGCCCACUUCUGAUAUUUUGCCACUAAUUGGGCUGCCUGUGUAAACGCAGCCAAAGAUGACAGCCAAUAAGAUUCACUCUGAGAGACACAUGACGCAUACAGCCCAGGAUCACACUGGAUGCACAGGUCGUCAUGGUCCCCAGUAUUACCACUAUCCCUGGCGCUAACCUGUCUUCCUGUUUCCUAUCCUGCCAGGCGGUUUGUGGAGCGGGAGAUGUUUAAAUCAGAGGAGGUCCCAGAGAGACAUAACCUCUGCUACUUCCCCACCGUCAAUGACAUAAAGAACCACAUCCAUGAGGCCCAGAAGACCUUGCAGCAGGCUGGGGUCAUCACUGACGUAACACAGGUAACUAGGAAGACCUUCCAGCAGGCUGGGGUCACCACUGAUUUUAACACAGGUAACUAGGAAGACCUUCCAGCAGGCUGGGGUCAUCACUGAUUUUAACACAGGUAACUAGGAAGACCUUCCAGCAGGCUGGGGUCACCACUGAUUUUAACACAGGUAACUAGGAAGACCUUCCAGCAGGCUGGGGUCACCACUGAUUUUAACACAGGUAACUAGGAAGACCUUGCAGCAGGCUGGGGUCACCACUGAUUUUAACACAGGUAACUAGGAAGACCUUCCAGCAGGCUGGGGUCACCCUGCUUCUUAUCUGUUUUUCCCAGCUCUUUCAGCUAAAACUUGUUGUUCUCCAUUUGUCACGCCUGAUGUUCGCUGCCUCACCUCAGUGGACUGAAGUGGACCCAAUGACUGAGACUGUGACUCUGACCCUCACACCAGCCCCUGCUAAAGGUAGUGACGUUGCAUGUCGCUUCGAGUCCCAAUAGUUAUCCGACUAGCUCGGUUUCUUACGGUGUUUAUUCCGUCCAGGUGCCCUCCAGAGAGUAGCAGUGUUGGAGGGGAGCGACACGUUAUCGCCUGAGGCCGUACAACUCUUCAGCUCUCUGACGUCCCUGCAGCCCAAGAUCUUUGCCCAGCUACAGGUGACGUUCUGCAUGUGUCUUACACACCUGAUUAAUCCCUAUCCAAUUUUUAAUCGAAUCGGACAGAAUGAUAUGUCUGUGUUUCUUAGUCACUCAGCAAACAAACUGUCUGUUUUAUUUCCAGGGCAUCCAGCGCCAACCAGGCCUGUGUUCUUUCGAUGGAGGUCUGUCUCAGUUGUCUAAAGUCACAGACUCCCUGGAGCUGCCCAGCACCUCACCCCCUCAGUUCCUCCAGUCCAGCCCUUCCCAGGGGGAAGCUAUGGCCCUGGCUGACCCCUCAGUGGUUCUGGGCAUGGGUCAGGUGGUCGUGGUGUCAUCGUUAGGGGACGGCCAGGUGGUCAGCGUGUCAUCGUUAGGGGACGGACAGGUGGUCAGCGUGUCAUCUCUAGGGGACGGGAGUGUGGGGACACACCAGAUACUGUUGGAGGACGGACAGACCAUCCCUGUCCAGAUAGUUUCCCCUGCUACUAUUGGUGAGACAGUCAGGAGUUGACCUGAGAUAUUGCUGCUGUAGACUUCCUGUGGUGUGUCUGUCUGCAUCCCAAAUGGCACCCUAUUCCGUAUAUAGUGCACUACUAUUGAUGAGAGCCCUGAUCAAAAGUAUUGCACAAUAUAGAAAAUAGGAUUCAGUUUGGGAUGCAGAGAGUCUCGGGAGUAGGGAGCCAUGAUGACUGGGUAAACGACAGAUCACAGGCUGAGAGUCAGGAGUAGGUAUCCAUGAUGACUGGGCAGACGACAGAUCACAGGCAGAGAGUCAGGAGUAGGUAUCCAUGAUGACUGGGCAGACGACAGAUCACAGGCUGAGAGUCAGGAGUAGGUAUCCAUGAUGACUGGGUAAACGAGAGUCUGACUUGUUUUUCUCUUCCUGUUGCUGUGUUCUAUUCCUCAGCCGUGACCAGUCCAGAGGAGGUCAAGGAGGAGGAGGUCAAGGAGGAGGAGGUCACUGUCAACCCUGUAGAUUGACACCCGCCUGGGGUGUGCCGUACUCCAGGGUGUACUUAAGCCCUCACAGGGGCACGUUACAUCUUUACUGUAUACUAACUGUAAGAGGGGUUGGUUUUACCUCAGGACUGUCAUGUUUAUUGAUCACGUUUAUUGGACAAUUGACUGAAAAUGCAAUUAAUGCAGUGUUUUCUGCAUGUUAUGUUUUUUUUAUAUCAUCAUGAGGAACUUAUUUGCCAUCUCGCUUUAAAAUCAUGGAAUCCAACGAAUCUUGUAUAAUUAUUAAUUUAAAAAUGACAACUACAAGAGCCGUGGGUGUAAAAAGUUGAUAUCAUGUGUAUAUAUUAGUGCAAAGGCAAUGUAGUCUUUUUAAUAGUGUUUCUAACCCUGUUGCAUAGUCUUCUGAGAUGAUCAUGUAAUUGUACUUCAGUGGGCUACCACUCGACUCAUUAAAGCUGAUAAAGCUUUAUUUUAUUUGUUUAAGUUAAUUCAUUCCUUAAUACAAUUGUUUUAAGUUGUUUACGGACUAUUCUAUCCAUUUGCCAAUAAAGAUCCAUCCAUUAUUGUUCUCAACUGGCCUACCU